UAGUAUUACAAUUUCAAUCUCUUUAUCUUACAGUUUUGGAGUAAGAUGUUCAUGCGUCUAACGUUAUUCAACAACCAAAAUCCUAACAACAUAGCCAAUUCCUACCCAAGCAGCAACAAAAAUAAAAAAAUCCCAGUUCGAACUUCGAACCUGCCUGGCCUCUGUCCUUCCGGGUUCAUGAUCGAUGAGCCCAACGCCUUAGGAUGAUAUGUCCAAGAUGGAGAAGUGGCCCAAUCUAACAAGCCCAUUUUUUUUUGCGGGCUCACGAGAUGGUUUCUUGGACUGUGUGCGUUGAUUUUAGGGUAUGAGAUGGAUUCUUCGCUUGUUUCAGUUCAGACUACCAGUGGCAGUGGGUGAGAAGUGGUGCCAAAGACGUUCACUUUUUUUUGCACUGUGUAAUAAGAGUUUGUGGUAAGCUUGGCGCUUCGAGUUCAGGGAUGGCUGUUCAUGGGAUUUCGAUGAAGAGUGGCUUGGUAUCUGAUUAAUCCAUUGAAGGUUAACAUAUCGAUUAUGGCAGGUAUGUUUACAGAGGAAUUGUUAAGCCAAGUUCAGAAAGGAAUGGAAAUUGCUAUCUGUAUUUUCUCAACUUUGUUUAGCAAGUGCCAGACAUGCUAGAGUUCUGUUCCCAGCCAGAUGGGAAUAUGUUCAUGACAAAAAAAAAAAAAAAACCACCAGGUACAGCUGAUCUUCUACUUGUGAUUGAAGAAUCAGAAUCUCGAAGAAGGAAGUACGAUGAACCACACAGUUCCAAUAUUGAGAAGCCAGAAGGUGAUAAUACGAAAGCUCAAGUUGCAGAUGACAAGACGAAAAAGCGUCACGUGCGAACAAGAAUGUUUCCUGGCCUACGAGUCAACAGACCAAGCAAGCAGCCAUUCCAUUUCCGCAGGGAGGGAAGAAACCGGGCUAUGGGUCGUGGGAGCCGGUCUAAGGCAGGCAAAGGCAGAAGUAGCACCAGCUCUGCCUCUCAAGAGGUUAGCAGCCGUGAAUGGGAGGUGGUAAGAAUGAAUGAACAAGAAGAAGAUCUCAUCUCCAGAAUGUACCGGCUCGUGGGUCAAAGGUGGGAUUUGAUUGCUGGACGAAUUCCAGGGCGAACGGCAGAGGAAAUUGAGAGGUUUUGGAUCAUGAAAAACCGUGGAUGGGCUUCUGCAGAGAGAGAAACGUUUGAUACAAACAUGAAAGAAUGAAAGCUUAGCAGCAGGCUCAUUGGAAAAUGUAGUUUCGUGGCUUAGUUUUAGCUUCUUGGUUACCCUAUCAAUCGUUUCUGGGUUUUCUGCGAACCCUGUUUAGCAGUUUAUGGCUAAUGAUUCAUAUUCAGAUGCGGCCAUGCUGUAAUGCUGUCAACGCAAUCGUCUUCCUUUUCUAAUUGAUCGCGCAGACAUAACAAAACUUGUAUAUGCUCAGAUCCAUUGACAC